AUGACGGCCGAGUCAGCCUCACUGUCAUCUCUCUCAACGCCGUUGUCAGAGGUGGACUCUACAGAUAUCAAACCGCAACUGGCACUUCCGCGGGCCCUCGAUGCCGCACUCUUCUUCGACACCUGUGCUCGCCUCAGCAAUGAGCUUGAUGAGGCAGUCCACCAAUCUCAGGUAUCCAUGCUUCCUGGUUUUACAUUACGCCCAAAAGGUAACGAGAGGGGUCGUUUUCUCGUGAUUGACCUUGGCGGUUCCACGCUUCGUAUAUGUGUUGUGGAUCUGACCGGUGAUGGCGCAUACGCAAUGCUUGCUGAGAACUCCUGGGUCAUCAGUGAUACGGAGAAGGUAAUCGACGCGGGUUUCUUCAGGAUGAUCGCAACCAAGGCCGCUGACACUGUGGGCCAUCUCUUUAAGCAAGACGAGUUAGUGCAUACGGGCAUUACAUGGUCGUUUCCGAUAGAACAGUCAAACCCAGAUAAUGGCGUUGUUAAUGUUGUCAGCAAGGGCUACACAUUGGGAGCCGAUAUUGCAGGACAAGACCUCAAGCAUGUGUUUGAACACGCAUUAUUGAAAACAGGAGGACUACACGCCCAAGUAGAUUCUAUUAUAAACGAUGCAGUGGCGGUAUACGUGAGUGGGCUGUACACCCACGGGUGUACGUUUGGCCUUGUACUCGGCACCGGAAUCAAUGCCUCGAUAUCAGUGCCCAAGCGCGAGCUUGGGUCGAGGCUUACGCGUGACCAUCUCGACCGGCAUAUUGGCGACGAAGUGGUGCUGAAUGCCGAGCUUUCAUUCUUUGGUUCCAGCAUGGCAAGCCACGCUACACCACUUGACGUGGCAAUGCAUCGUGCUUGGGAAAGUGAUUUAGAAACUUUCCCUGCGCAUUUGACUGACACUUUUGGGUGUUUUCAGCCGCUAGAAUUCAUGUGCUCGGGAAGAUACGUAUCAGAACUUGUGCGGCUUGCACUCGUGGAAGCGGAGAUUUUUUCACCUCUUUCCAAAGGUUUGCUAGUGCCCUACUCACUAUCGGGCGAGGUGGUGUGCAAAGUGUACGAGAGCAACGAUCUUGUAAAGUCGCGAGAGAUAUUCCUAGCUGAGUAUCCAGACCUCGCCGUGCAACAAUAUGGAGAGUACGAAUACGCGAUAAUCCGCGAUGCCAUUGACGCCGUGAUUUCGCGGGCAGCUCUCAUGCUGGCAGCCGCACUCGUUUCCACGACGGAUUUCAUUCGCCAGAUCCAUGGCUCGGACUCUCCACUAGCAGACAAGGUUGGAUACGUUGGGUCACUUUUACGCCAUUUCAAGAGCUACCGCAGCAAAGUGGACUUCUAUCUUGAGCUUGCAGCUGCGCGAAAUGGCCGGCCAAAAGUGGACCUCGUACACAUUGACAAUUCGUCGGUGCUGGGCGCUGCGAUUUCAGCUGGAAGUUACCUGGAAACAAUCUAG